AUUUCCUCAGGUUUCACUUUUGCUUCUGCCUGGAACUCGUGACAGGGCCCCAGUACUCCUAUUGCGGGUAGGAUUCAUAGAGAAGCCAGUCAGCGUCGCCCGCGGUUCCUGGUUAUGAAAUCCAAAGGGAGGGACCGAGACUGAUUGUCCCCAAACACGAAGGAUCAGAGCCAUGGAGCCCCGAGCCCUUCUCCCACUGCUGUUGGGAGCCCUGGCGCUGACCGAGACCUGGGCUGGUGAGUGCGAGAACCGAAAACAAAAAAAAAAAAGACCUCUGCGCAGGAGAGGCUCCCACUCUCUAAAGUUUCUCAUCACUGCCAUGUCGCGACCCCUCCGCGGGGAGCCUCACAUCAUCGAAAUGGGCUACGUAGACGACACGCCGUUCUUGCAAUUUGAGUUCGACGCUGGAAUUCGGAAGAUGGAGCCACAGACGCCUUGGAUGGAGCUGGAGGGGCGGGAGUAUUGGCACAGGGAAACACAGUAUGCCAGAGGGCUACAGCAGAUUUACCGAGAGGGCCUGAAGAUUCUGCUCAGCUACUACAACCAGAGCGACAACUUGUCUCACACCUUCCAGAGGGUGUACGGGUGCGACGUGGGACCAGACUGGCGCCUCCUCCGUGGGUUCUGGCAGUACGCCUAUGACGGCACCGAUUACAUUGCUCUGAAUGAGGACCUACGCUCCUGGACCGUGGUGGACAUGGCAGCUCAGAUCACCCAACGAAAGUGGGAGGCCCAGGGAGUGACUGAGACAAACAGGGCCUUCCUGGAAGGGAGGUGCGUGGAGAUACUCCGCAAGCACCUGGAGAACGGGAAGGAGAUACUUCAGCGCGCAGAUCCCCCAUUGACAUAUGUCACCCACCACCCCAUCUCUGACCAUGAGGUCACCCUGAGGUGCUGGGCUCUGGGGUUCUACCCUGCGGAGAUCACCCUGACUUGGCAACGGGAUGGGGAGGACCAAACCCAAGAAAUGGAGCUUGUGGAGACUAGGCCUGCAGGGGAUGGAAAAUUCCAGAAAUGGGCAGCUGUGGUGGUAUCUUCUGGAGAAGAGCAGAGAUACAUGUGCCAUGUGCAGCAUGAGGGGUUGCCUGAGCCCCUCAUCCUGAGAUGGGAGAGGUCUCCCCAUUUCUCCAUCACCUUUGUGGUAAUGGUUGCUGGCCUGCUUCUCCUUGGAGCUGUUGCUGCUGUUAUGAUGUGGAGGAAGAAGAACUCAGGUAGAAAAAGAGAGAGCUAUGCUCAGCCUGCCUGUAAGUUUAAAGGGGUUGAUCCUAAGACCUUUGGGAUAGUGUAUUUGGGAGUCCAUGGGGGAGUUAACCCACUCCAUAAUCUCUCCUUUAGCCAUAUCUCCUGUGGGAUCUGAUAAGUCACUCACAAUUUGAAGAGGUGAGUCACUGGAAAGCAUGAAGAGGGAAAGAAGGUGGGGCAAAGAGGACAUGACUGGGUUACAGGGACUCUCUAAAUUUGAACCUUUCAGAAUGUUGCCACUUAUAGGUACUGAUCUGAUUUGUUCAUGAUUACUUUAUUCUACAGCGCAAAACAGCUGUCAUGGGUAGAAUUGAACCAUACAAGAUUUGUUCACAUCUCUCCAUCCUGAUGAUGGUUUCAAGAGCUCCUGAUUUCUCAUUGUGAAGUUCACAUCUGACUAUAUCUAUGUGUCUGUGUUGCUAUCAGCAUAAUGUAAGGAAAUAAGAACAGUCCAUCCCUGAUCAUCAAGACCCCUGCCCCACACUGAUCUGUGUUCUCUUCCCCUGUAGCAGACACAGGGCUGGGAUACCUCUGUGUGGACAAGUGCAUGGAGUAUUGCAUACACGGCAUAUGUUAAGGGCGUCUGGUGGCAAACCACUCCUCUUGUGCUAGGCACGUAAGUGACAAUCCGCUUACCCUAUAGGCACAGCCCCGGGCAUGAAGCUGCAGUUGCAGUCCCUGUGCUUGCUCCAGGGUCUGCUCUUUGAUUGUUCACUGCAAGGACAGUUGGCCAGAAAUUGUAUUGGUGGCUGUCUGUAAUCUACUUAGCUACUGCCUGGGUAUAUAUAAAUGGUAACUGCCGCAAUAAAAUCAGACCUGCUUCCUGCUUGUC